CAGCGAGGUCGGUUCCGCCCGACUCCAACAUGGCGGCGCCCUUUGUCUGCUCUGAAGUGCUGUCCCCGGCCUCCUCGCGGCCGUGAUGCACCUCCCUCUGCGGUGGGGUCCAGGACAUGGCAGGUAAUGAGCUGGAGGAGGAGCGCCAAGCUGGAGUUGCCCCAGACAAACUGUCAGAACAGAGUAGCCUGGGCUACUUGGAAAUCUGAGCCAUGGAUUUUCCCCAGCACAGCCAACAUGUCUUGGAGCAGCUGAACCAGCAGCGGCAACUGGGGCUUUUGUGUGACUGCACUUUUGUGGUGGAUGGUGUUGACUUUAAGGCUCAUAAAGCAGUGCUGGCGGCCUGCAGCGAGUACUUCAAGAUGCUCUUCGUGGACCAGAAGGAUGUGGUGCACCUGGACAUCAGUAACGCGGCAGGCCUGGGGCAGGUGCUGGAGUUUAUGUACACGGCCAAGCUGAGCCUGAGCUCUGAGAACGUGGACGAUGUGCUGGCUGUGGCCAGCUUCCUGCAGAUGCAGGACAUCAUCACGGCCUGCCAUGCCCUCAAGUCACUGGCUGAGCCGGCUGCCAGCCCUGGGGAGAGUAUGGAGGCCUCGGCCUUGGAAGUGGGGGACAAGAGAGCCAAAGAAGAGAAGGCGGCUGCCACUACACUGAGCGAGCUGGACCUGGCCAGAAGCAGUCCACCCGCGGGCCUGGGCAGGGAGCCCAAAGAGGAGCGAGGCGGCCAGGCCGAGAGCACGGCCAGCGGUGCAGAGCAGACGGAGAAGGCCGAUGCCCCCCGGGAGCCUGUGGAGCUCAAGCCGGACCCCACGAGUGGCAUGGCUGCUGCUGAGGCCGAGGCUGCCUUGUCAGAGAGCUCAGAGCAAGAAAUUGAGGUGGAGCCAGCCAGGAAGGGAGAAGAACGAGAGGAGGAGGGCGCCGUGCCCGCGGUGGUCAAGGAAGAGGGUCCAACGCUGGAAAAGGGCGAGGCCCCCGAGGAGAGCGAGGAGUCGGCCAGCACGGACUCGGGCCAGGAGCUCGGCACGGAGGCGCGGGGCCUGCGCUCGGGCACCUACGGCGACCGCACGGAGUCCAAGGCCUAUGGCUCCGUCAUCCACAAGUGCGAGGACUGUGGGAAGGAGUUCACGCACACGGGCAACUUCAAGCGGCACAUCCGCAUCCACACGGGCGAGAAGCCCUUCUCGUGCCGGGAGUGUAGCAAGGCCUUCUCCGACCCGGCCGCCUGCAAGGCCCACGAGAAGACCCACAGCCCGCUGAAGCCAUACGGCUGCGAGGAGUGCGGCAAGAGCUACCGGCUCAUCAGCCUGCUGAACCUGCACAAGAAGCGGCACUCGGGCGAGGCGCGCUACCGCUGCGAGGACUGCGGCAAGCUCUUCACCACGUCGGGCAACCUCAAGCGGCACCAGCUGGUGCACAGCGGCGAGAAGCCCUACCAGUGCGACUACUGCGGCCGCUCUUUCUCCGACCCCACGUCCAAGAUGCGCCACCUGGAGACGCACGACACCGACAAGGAGCACAAGUGCCCUCACUGCGACAAGAAGUUCAACCAGGUGGGGAACCUGAAGGCCCACCUGAAGAUCCACAUCGCCGACGGGCCCCUCAAGUGCCGGGAGUGUGGGAAGCAGUUCACCACCUCAGGGAACCUGAAGCGGCACCUUCGGAUUCACAGCGGUGAGAAGCCCUACGUGUGCGUCCACUGCCAGCGGCAGUUCGCUGACCCCGGCGCCCUGCAGCGGCACGUCCGCAUCCACACGGGUGAGAAGCCAUGCCAGUGCGUGAUGUGCGGCAAAGCCUUCACCCAGGCCAGCUCCCUCAUCGCCCACGUGCGCCAGCACACCGGGGAGAAGCCUUACGUCUGCGAGCGUUGCGGAAAGAGAUUCGUCCAGUCCAGCCAGCUGGCCAAUCACAUCCGCCACCAUGACAACAUCCGCCCUCACAAGUGCAGCGUGUGCAGCAAGGCCUUCGUGAACGUGGGGGACCUGUCCAAGCAUAUCAUCAUCCACACUGGAGAGAAGCCUUACCUGUGUGACAAGUGCGGUCGCGGCUUCAACCGGGUGGACAACCUUCGUUCCCACGUGAAGACUGUGCACCAGGGCAAGGCAGGCAUCAAAAUCCUGGAGCCAGAGGAGGGCGGUGAGGUCAGCGUGGUCACCGUCGAUGACAUGGUCACGCUGGCCACUGAGGCACUGGCGGCAACGGCCGUCACUCAGCUCACAGUGGUGCCAGUGGGGGCGGCGGUGACCGCAGAUGAGACAGAAGUACUUAAAGCCGAGAUCAGCAAAGCUGUGAAGCAAGUGCAGGAAGAAGAUCCCAACACUCACAUCCUCUACGCCUGUGACUCCUGUGGAGAUAAGUUCCUGGAUGCCAACAGCCUGGCCCAGCACGUGCGGAUCCACACGGCCCAGGCACUGGUCAUGUUCCAGACGGAUGCGGACUUCUACCAGCAGUACGGGCCAGGCAGCACGUGGCCGGCCGGGCAGGUGCUGCAGGCUGGGGAGCUGGUCUUCCGCCCUCGGGAUGGGGCUGAUGGGCAGCCGGCCCUGGCCGAGACACCUCCCACAGCCCCUGAGUGUCCACCAUCUGCUGAGUGAGCAGGCACCCCCUCCUCCUGUUUAUUUAAGGUUGGAUGGCACCCUAGAACUGAGAGGGGUGAGCCCAUUCCCUAGAGAGAAUAAAUCUGAUUAUUUUCUAACGCUGCCUAUAGCUCCCUGUGGGGCUGGGGCGGGGAGCUGGCAGCUGGGCCUGAUGCCGGGGAAGGGUUGCUCCACCCAGCGACCAGUCGGCAGAGACCUGCUUGUGGGGGAAGCCAGGCUGUCCCUUUGCAGAAUGGGACUGGAGCCCCGGGACCCGUCUAGAAGCAAGCUGGUUGCUUUGCCUGAGUUGGGGUGUGGGCAGCACACUCAGGCCAGAGAAACUGCGGCUCCACGAGCCCAUUCUGGCCUCCUCUUCGGAGGCUCCUCGUCGGCUUGGCGUGAGGAUCGGACCUCCCCUCUCCACCCCUCUCCGCUGUGGAGCCACGGCUGUGACCCUGCGCCCUUGUGUUGGGAGCUGGGCCCACAGGGCUUGGCCACAACUGCUUACCAGGAUCCAGGCCACCCGUACAGAGCCCAGCUCGGGGGCCCAUUCAGCCACGACAGCAAGGUAGGCAGGGCACCAGACCCAGCAGGCCACAGGCCUGCUUCUGCUGGGCCUGGAAAGAGGGAGAGCUCCACACUCGCUUCACGGGAAAACCCUGGCCGCGCGAUCAGGGCCAAGCCAGCGUCAUCUUUUGAGAACGUUUACUUGCCCUGAAUCAGUGGCGUCUCUACAAGGCUGAGAGCCUGGAGGGACAGGCAUGAGCAGCCAGGAGCUGUGAUGGGGAGGUGGGAGAUGGCAGGACUGCUUAAACCAGGGGCAGCAGUGCGGCCUGUGAAGCAGCUCAUUCUUACCUGUCAGCAGGGAGGCAUGAGAUGCCAUCUCUGCCGCUUUUCCAUACAGCUUGUCCCCAGCAGCUGUAAUUCCUCACUCAAGAGAUGGUACCAUCUCGCACCGCAAGCAUAGCUCUCUUUGGAGGAGCCCCAGGGAUACUGCAAGUGAGACCAGCAACUUUGUGGUCCUUGUGUUCCUGUCCCCCACGCCCAACUCCCCAGCUUGUGGUGGGUCCAGCUGCUGGGGAAGCUUGGCCCACCAGUGCCAUCCUCCUACUGGGAGGAAGCUGCUGCAGGGCCAGCCUGCACCACACCCGGAGGAGGAAGGGACAAGAGGCAAGACCCCAAGGCUUCCUUAAGAUGUUUGAGUGGGAGGUGGCUUUAUUCUUUAAUCAAUCAAAUUUGAAGUGCCUUCGACAUUACGCAGGAGCCGAUUGGGACCUUGAAGUGUCAGGUAAACACCACAGCACUGAAAAAGUUCAAGGUCAGUCUGUGAUGCAAAUCUUUUGUACAAGAUAAAAUGAUCCUUGGGGAGGAUCAGUGGCAGAAAGGAAAUAAUAGGUUCCAUAUACAGAUGUGGGGGGGGGGGUUGAAAGCAAAAGUGGGACGAAGGCUAGCUGUUCCCAUAAACCAAGGACCCCUGGUCCUCCCAUCCAAGUGACAAUCACAUCCACACUUGACAUGUUCUGUAUUUUUUAAUAAAGUUUGUAAUCCAAUGGACACACAAAACAAAACUGCGCUGAGAAAAACAGUUUUCAUAAAUUAAUAAGUGUUAGGAAGUUGGGGGGGAGGUCAAGGUCACAGGAAGAAGGGAAGCCAGUCUUUUGUACAGUCUUUUUGUGUGUGUGACACUUCCAAGUUGCGGGAGCAGGGCCCGUGCUGUAACGAAGCGCACUUAUACAAAUGAGUGACAAUACAAAGUCUGAGUAUGAAAAU